AUGGGCGAGCAUAAUCUUCUUAAUCCCGGGUUUGUGGGACCUUUGGUAAACAUCCACACGGGAGACACAUUUUACCUCCCCAAUUUUAGAGCGUCCGGGGGACAACUGGCGGGUCUACACACUCUCUCCUACCCAAGAAGGGACAACGUAUGCUCCCACCCUUGGACCCCAUCAGAGCAGUGCAAUGGAUAUUCCCAAACUUAUUUUAGCAGUUCCAUGUCCAUUAACCCCUCUUUCAAUCGUGCAUGCGAUAUCACUAGGCAAGAUGAAGGCAAAUGUUUUUAUAGCAACGGUAGCUCCAACAGGGAAACCUGUGUUGAAACCGCAACCCUCAAACGUGAAGAAAGGGCGAGAGGAGAGUCAUCUUCUACCAUAAUGACGGAACAUGGAUUGCACAACGGAAUUGGCAACGACAGUACAUUUUCCAAGUACGACUAUGGCACGGAGCAGUUGACCCAAGAUCCACCAUCCUGUCAAUCCUUAGAAUCUGACUCCAGUUCAUCGCUGCUAAAUGAAAGUAGCAAAGCUUCUGCAGGUAUGGCUCAGGCUUUGACAUCCCCUGCCAAUCACGCACCAAGCACAGCAGCGGGUGGAGGCGCCCCGUGGUACCCGUUACACACCCGGACCCGAAAGAAACGUAAACCUUACUCCAAACUCCAGUUGGCAGAGCUGGAAGGCGAGUUCAUUCUCAAGGAGUUUAUCACCAGACAGCGUCGGAGGGAGCUUUCUGACCGCCUAAACCUCAGCGACCAACAGGUUAAGAUAUGGUUUCAGAAUAGGCGGAUGAAGAAAAAAAGGUUGAUGCUUAGAGAGCAGGCCUUGUCCUUCUUCUAAAAGAGCUUUUCAGACGGAAUAUAGAGCGUCACUAUUUUAAAUAGCAUUUGGAAAGCAUACCAUGCUGAGUGUCACGUUUGAGGUCCUUAACAAGGAUGUUCUUUUCUAAAACAACACGACCUCAUCUGAAUUGUCGGAAACAAAUCAAGGGACCAAAUAAUGUUAGUCUAACCUUGAAUCACAUUUAACGUGGCGGGGCAAGUGUCAAUAAUGGUCAACACAGUGGCAAAUGACAUCAUUUGAAAAACAUGUAAUUAUGGACAUUAUUUGUAAUCAUUUAUUUGUAUAUAUUUUCUCAUAAUAUUAACAAUGAAAAAAUAACGUAGGCUACUCAGUUCGCUACGGGAAUGUCGUUCUCAGUGGUCAAUGAUUGAAACGCAUUGAAAUCAAAGUAGCACAUAUGCUGAUGCGCAGUUUAAAAUUGGAUUUCAGAUCACUGUUUAACAAUUCCUUUAACAAUAAUAGCUGUGUUUUGCAAAAAAUAAUAAUAAUAACAAAAAGCUACUGAUUAUAAUUAACUAAGACUAUCUGCGACAGUUAUUAACAUGGAUGUACGUAAUAGUUCACAUGUACAUUUCACCUUGGCUAUUACAUUGAAAAUGCUAUGGUCCCAAAAUCGAACUGAAGUACUUGAACCCGUGCUGUAGGCGAAGGGUGACAGUGGAUUAAUCUAUAACUAUAUCUAUUCUAUCGCAGAAGUUAAUAAGACAGCUUUGGGUAUAUGCAGUUAAAAACCUUAGUAAUUUCUGUGCAAUCAAUCAGUCAAUCACGUGCUCUAGGAGAGGUGCCUGGCCACGGUCAAGGACAACAACUGGCGCCCAGACAACUACGGCGGCCAGACCCAUUAGACCUGCAUUCUAGAUCUGUUUUGAUUUCGCCUCGAUAUUGUGUUUUGAUAUUGCUGCUAAAUUAACACUUUGAUUUGUCAAAAUCGUUUGUGUGGUACUACAUUUAUAAUUCCACCCAAACACACACACACCCUUUCUAAGUUUCCAGUACGAUAAACUAUUUGAGGAUGUUUUGGGGAGGGGUAGGCAAAGGACCAUGCUUUUAUUUCUCUGCGGAAUGUAACUAAUAGCCCCAACCACAUUAUGACAAUUGAAAUGGAAUGUUUUUACAGCAACAAUCAUUUGCCUAGUCUAAUAUAUUUCUUCGCGAAUGCUCGAACACAUCAUUCCCUCUUUAGACUUGAAUUUCCUUUCGCUGUGAGCAGUUGUCAGGGAAUUGGGAUACAUGUCCAAGCUACCAGGGCACGAAUGAGAGCAGGUCUACUUUUGAGAAAGGCAAAAAAAGUGCGCCAAGAUGUAAUUCCAAAUACAUUUUAAGUGGAAUUCACACCAAAUACUAAAUAUAACGUUCUAUGCAUUGACUAUUGCUUGUUGUAUGUUAUAUAAUUUAUAUUAACAUUUUAACCAUUGACAUAAUUAAGGCUUUAAGUAGAAUCUAAUGUUAUAAAAAGUAACCUAGAACUUAUAGCGGAAUUGUUGUCCGCAUGAUUUUGUUUGUAAAAAUGUUGGGUAGCCUACAUUCCUCUCGGAAUUAUUUUCAUUAAGAUAUGUAUGUGAUAGAUUCAGUUUCCCAAAAGCAUAAUUAAGGCUAAUUUUAUUGAUAACUAUAGACCUAUAACGCUUCUGUGAAACCCGUCUCUGAAUGGUUUGUUUUGCUCGUUUUCCUUCUCUCUCUCUCUCUCUCUCUCUCUCUCUCUCUCUCUCUCUCUCUCUCUCUCUCUCUGUCUGUCUGUCUAUCUGACAGUCUAUCGCUCUCUCUAUCUCUUCUCUCUCUACAGUGUUGUUCGUUAUGUUACGUUGCGUAAAGGCACAUGUUAUAUUGUUAAAAAUGAAUGUUUUUCGAUAGCUGCAUUUUAGAGUGACCAGUGAGAUUAAUUUGUGUUGUGUCGUUGUUAUGCAUUCUUAUGUAAUGUGUGUGUUCGGUGUAUAACACAUUGGCAACGUUCAGCCAUGUCCGAAACCAAUAUGAAUAACAUGAAUGUGUAUG